UCACCUGCGCUGCUCGCGCUUUCCCCCCUUCCGACCUCUUUCUCUGGUCGCCUCUAUACCUGCACUCUAUUGACGGUGUGCUUCUAUCUCGCCCAAGAUGAGUCAGGAUUCGGCGGAGCAGAACAUUCAGAUGUGGAAGGUCAAGAAGCUCAUCAAGAGUCUUGACGCUGCGAGGGGCGCAGGCACUUCCAUGAUUAGCUUAAUCAUUCCACCGAAAGACCAAAUCUCUCGUAUCUCUGCCAUGUUGACGCAGGAGUACGGCACUGCGUCGAACAUCAAGUCUCGUGUCAACCGUCUCUCUGUGCUCGCGGCUAUUACAAGUACUCAGCAGCGUCUGAAGCUUUACAACCGUGUUCCACCAAACGGCCUCGUGCUCUUCGUCGGAACGAUCCUGACGGAUGAAGGCAAAGAGAAGAAAGUUUCCUUCGAUUUCGAGCCCCACAAGCCUAUCAACACUUCCCUUUACCUUUGCGACAAUAAAUUCCACACAGAGGCGCUGCAAGAACUACUCGAAUCUGAUUCCAAGUUCGGCUUCAUUGUCAUGGAUGGUAACGGCACGCUCUUCGGGACUGUCGCCGGCAACACGCGCGAGGUCAUCCAUAAGUUCACCGUCGACCUGCCCAAGAAGCAUGGUCGCGGCGGUCAGUCCGCGCUCCGUUUCGCCCGUCUCCGUGACGAAAAGCGUCACAACUAUGUCCGCAAGGUUGCCGAGCUCGCUGUCCAGCACUACAUAACCAACGACAAAGUCAACGUAACUGGUCUCGUCCUUGCAGGUUCCGCCGAUUUCAAGACUGAGCUCUCCCUGUCCGACAUGUUCGACCAGCGUCUGGCGGCGAAGAUUAUCAAGGUUGUCGAUGUUAGUUAUGGUGGUGAGAACGGUUUCAACCAGGCCAUUGAACUGGCCUCGGAGUCCCUAGCAAACGUCAAAUUCGUGCAAGAGAAGAGGCUUAUCCAGAAGUACUUUGAUGAGAUUAGCCAAGACACCGGCAAAUACUGUUUCGGUAUCGAUGACACGCUCAAGGCGCUCGACCUCGGUGCUUGCGAGACCCUGAUCGUCUGGGAGAACAUGGACAUCACCCGCUAUGUGCUCCGGAACGCGGCCGGCGAGGAGACCAUCGUGCACGCGAGCAAGGAGCAGGAGAAGGACCGCGAGAAGUUCAUCGACAAGUCAACCGGCCUCGAGAUGGAGCAGGUCGUCGAACCGCAGCCGCUCCUCGAGUGGUUCACGGAGAAGUACAAGGAGUUUGGCGCGAACCUCGAGUUCGUCACGAACCGCUCCCAGGAGGGCGCGCAGUUCGUCAAGGGCUUCGGUGGCAUCGGCGGCCUCCUCCGAUACAAGGUCGACUUCACGAACCUCCAGACCGUCGAUGAUGAAGAUGAGGACGAGUUCAUGAGCGACGACGAGGGCGUCUGACGUACGUGGCGGCUCCAUUACGGAGCCCUGCCUGGCGAGGGCACGCCGGGUGGGGCGGGGGGAAGGAGUUCGUGGGCAGGUCGCGGUAUCGGUGUAGGCGAGAACGCGGUGUGGGGCGGACGGGAAUGCGCGGCAGCUACAACGCCAAGGCGGAUCGGCGGAUCGGCGUAUUGAGGGUGAGCAUGUACAAGAUCGUUCAGAUCACCAUGAUCGAGGAAAAGAAAUGUAGCCAGAACUAAACUUGUACUACUUUUUGUCUGUUGCUUUCGUUAUCGCUGUUGAUCGUAACUCUGCCAGAUAAAAAUGCAUAUCUUGUGAAAGUAGUACUGCUCAAACAUUUAAUAAGCACACACAAGGGAAUAGAUGUGUAUCUAUCGCGGAGUAAUCUAUCUAGUCGUCGACCAACAGCAGGCGUUAUCGGGCUGUUGUUUGUUGCGCACCAGCC